UCUGGUGGAGGAAGAAGAAGUGAAAGCGAAGUUCAUCAACUCUUCUCCCCAAUUCGAUCCGAAUUCCUAUGCAAUCCGAUCCAAAUCCCUAAAAUUUGCUACGAAUCAUGGGAUCAGGGAAGAAUAAUGGCGAAACAGAAGAAUUUCUCCACCCCCUUUCCGCCGCCGACAAAUUGCAAACCCUAACCCUCACCGGCGACGGCGAGAGCAACUUCAAUGGCGAAGUCUCCACCUCCAAUUCCAAUUCGCACUAUCGCAGUGCCAUGACCACACUCUCCACCUCCACCGAGCAGCCGCUCUUCCCUCCGCCGUCGGCCGUAUCGGAUCCCCUCCUAUUCCCUCCGCAAAGCCCCUCUCUCGAUUCACCAUCCUACGCGGACGUCAUGUCCCAUCCCUCCCCGGAGACCAACGGCAACGGCGAGAUCUCCGGCGAUUACUCAAUUCCGUCGCCUCAAUCUCAGUCUCCCACCUCCGAUUUUCUGAGAAUCAGCGUUUCCGAUCCGCAGAAGGAGUUCGAGCCAUCGAAUUCGAUCGUCCCCGGCGGCAAUACCUACGUUAGCUACCUGAUCACGACGAGCACAAACGUGGCUGAUUACGAGGGCUCCGAUUUCAGCGUGCGGAGGCGGUUCAAGGACGUGGUCACGCUCUCGGAUCGGCUGGGUGAGGCCUACAGAGGGUUCUUCAUCCCGCCCCGGCCGGAUAAGAGCUUAGUAGAGAGUCAGGUGAUGCAGAAGCAGGAUUUCGUGGAGCAGAGGAGGGUGGAGCUGGAGAAGUACUUGAAGAGGCUGGCGAGGCAUCCGAUGAUCCGGAAGAGCGACGAGCUGAGGGUGUUUCUGACUGUGAAGGGGAGAAUGCCGCUGCCCACAAGCAUUGAUGUGGCGUCAAGGAUGCUUGAUGGGGCCGUGAGGCUGCCGAAGCAGCUGAUGGGGGAGUCGAGCAGCGUGAUUGAGCCGCAGGACGUGGUGCAUUCGGCCAAAGGUGGAAGGGAUAUGCUGAGGUUCUUUAAGGAAUUGAAGCAGUCUGUAGUGAACGAUUGGGGCAACGCCAGGCCGUCUAUGGAGGAGGAAGAUAAGGAGUUCUUGGAGAAAAAACUCAAGUUGAAGGAUCUCGAGCAGCAUCUCACAAAUGCGGCGCAGCAGGCAGAAUCAUUGGUCAAGGCACAGCAAGAAAUGGGAGAGAUCAUGGGGGAAUUAGGGCUGGCUUUUAUCAAGUUAACCAAGUUUGAGAGUGAGCAGACAGCUUCAAAUACCCAAAGAGUGAGGGCUGCUGACAUGAAGAAUGUAGCUACUGCAGCUGUUAAGGCGAGCAGAUUGUAUCGAGAAUUAAAUGCUCACACUGUGAAGCAUUUUGAUUCGUUGCUUGAACACAUGGGAAUGAUGUUAGCUGUACACAAUGCAUUCGCAGAUCGUUCUAGUGCCUUACUGACAGUGCAAACUCUUAUAUCAGAAUUGUCUGCCUUGCAUUCAAGAGCUGAUAAACUUGAAACUUCGUCAUCAACAAUUUUUGGGAGUGACAAGUCAAGGGUCCGCAAGUUGGAGGACCUAAAAGAUGCCAUUAGGGUUACGGAGGAUGCCAAAAGUUGUGCCACCAAAGAAUAUGAAAGGAUAAAGGAAAACAAUAGGACGGAAAUCCAAAGGCUUGACGAAGAAAGAAAGGUCGACUUCGUUAACAUGCUGAAAGGAUUUGUCAAAAAUCAGGUCGCAUAUAGUGAGAAGAUUGGAAUCGAGUGGACUAAAGUGGCGGAGGAAACGAGCAGAUACGCAAGGGAGAGCACAUAGAGGACCUGUGUAUAUUAUCCAAUUCUUCUUCCACUUUUUUGCUAAGAGAAAAUUAGUCUUAAUGUUAUUUCUUAAUUGGUUAGACUAUUUUUUCUUGUUUUGUAAAGAGGUUGUUUGUACAUCCUCCUCACAACAUCGAGUGUAAUGCUGUAACCAUUUUUUUUUACUUAUUAUACAAAAUAAUGUCUCAUAAUUCCUUCAA